CUUGACCACGGUUUCGGAACCGGCAAUUUCGGUUCCAAUAGAAGGUGGAACAGAAACUGAAUUGUCUACAGACAGUUCGGUUCCAGCUUCCCAACGAUUUCAGUUCCGGUUUUGAAUUGAUUUGAACCGAAGUCCUUGAGCCCAACGGUUCAAUCCGAACCUUUGACAAGAUUCCAUGUAUGCCCUCUCUGCCCCGGCCUCUUUCUCUUUCCUCUCAACGAAUCAGCAGUACUUCCCGCCACGGAAACCAAGGCAACUCAAUGACGUCUGCGUUCCAUCUACUGAAUUUAUUCUUAAUAACAAAAACCCAAAAUGCAAACCAGUCGGUUAUGGGGUUUCGCUUUGUGAGCCAUCAAUGUUCUUGAAUGAGGACUGGCCCCAGCUCCUCCGAAUCUCAAUUGGGUCCGAAGAUUUUUGUCUCGGUCAGGCCAUUCAUGGAUUCUUAACGAAAUCUGGCUAUCGGAAUGAUGUGUUUCGAGGCAAUAAUCUGGUGAACUUGUAUGUGAAAUUCAAUAGUGUGGAUGAUGCACAAAGGGUGUUUGAUGAAAUGCUUGAUAGGAAUACAAUCACGUGGACGUCUCUUAUUAAUGGUUAUUCACAGAUAAAUGAUGUUAAUUCUGUUGUCAGAUUAGCUCAUUGUAUGCAUAAAUCUGAUCAAGAAUUUAACGAGCAUACUUGCUCGGUGAUUUUGCGGGCAUGUGAGUUUCCGGAUAAAAGGGGUUGUGGCAAACAGAUUCAUAGUUUUAUUAUAAAAAGUGGGUUUUGCGAGGAUGUCUAUGUUGGAACUUCUUUGGUUUCUAUGUAUUCAAGAAGUGGCCGGCUGGAUGAUGCUGAGAAACAGUUCAAUGAGUUGACAUGCGUCGAUGUUUGCUGUUUGAAUUUUAUGAUUUCAGAAUAUGGCAAUGCAGGAUAUGGAAAGAAAGCUCUUCAUUUGUUUCUUGAGUUGCUUCAAAUUGGCUUGGAACCAAAUGAUUAUACAUUUACCAAUGUAAUAAGUGCUUGUGAUGGAGUUGUGGGUUCGGAGGAAGGCAGAAUGUUACAUGGACUUGCUAUUAAGUAUGGUUUAGUGGGAAAAACAUCUGUUGGAAACUCAAUUAUUACAAUGUAUGGUAGGUACGGGUUGGUUGAGGAGGCUAAGAGCAUGUUUCACUGUAUGGGCGAGAGGAAUUUGGUUUCUUGGACUGCUCUCUUAUCCAUAUAUGUUGCAAAUGGCCAUGGUCAGUUAGCCCUGGCCGCCUUCUUAGACAUGGUUAGCCAGGGAUUGAAUUUGGAUUCUGAUUGUUUAGCUUGUGUUCUUAAUUGCUGUUCAGAGUCCAAGAAUCUCAAUAUGGGGCUUCAAAUUCAUGGAUUUGUGAUAAAGCUUGGCAUGCCCUCAAAUGUUUAUGUGGGAACUGCUUUAAUUGAUUUAUAUGCCAAGUGUGAGAACCUUAAAUCUGCUAGGUUGCUUCUCAAUGGUCUCUCAGUUAUAAACUCUGCUUCCUUUAAUGCUUUUUUAGUUGGUUGUACAAAGAAUGAUGGAGAAGAAGAUGUGGAAACCAUGCUUUUGUUUAAUCAACUCAGAUUAGCUGGUCUAAAACCAGAUUCGGUAACUCUUGCCUCUCUCCUUAGCUUGUCUGCUGAACAAGCUUGCCUAGUUAAAGGAACAAGCCUUCAUGCUUAUGCGGUUAAAACAGGAUUUGAUGCUAACUUAACUGUAUCUAAUGCUAUAAUCACUAUGUAUGCAAAAUGUGGAAGCAUUUCAGAUGCUUGUCAAAUGUUUAUGGGAAUGAAAAAGCUUGAUUUAAUAUCUUGGAAUGCCAUUAUUUUUGCUCAUGCUAUCCAUGGGCAAGGGAAGGAAGCACUUUCGCUUUUCAAUGACAUGGUAAUUGAAGGAUUUUCUCCUGACAAGAUUACUGUACUGGCUGUUCUCCAAGCUUGUUGCUACUCAGGUUUCUGGAAUUAUGGGCUUUGCUUAUUCAAUGAAUUGGAGCUGAAAUAUGGGAUUAGGCCAGCACUUGAACACUUUGCAUGCUUGGUUAAUCUUUUGGGGCGAGCUGGGCUUUUUGUUGAGGCUAAGGAUCUUAUUAACAGAAGUCCUUUUUCAGACUCACCACUUCUUUGGAGAACUUUGGUCCACGUGUGUAAGAUUGGUGGGAAUCUUGACUUUGGCAAAAUGGCUUCUAACUGUUUGCUUAAUCUGGCACCAAAAGAAGCAGGAUCUUACAUACUUGUUUCAAAUAUGUAUGCUGGAGAAGGAAUGUUUGAUGAGGCUGCAAGAGUAAGGACUGAAAUGAAUGACUUAAAGAUAAGGAAAGAAGCAGGUUGCAGCUGGAUUGAGAUAGAUAACAAGACCCAUCUGUUUGUUGCAAGCAGCAGAAAUCACCCAGAAAGUAGAGAUAUUUAUGAGAAAUUGGAUCUACUAAGGGCUGAGAUAGAACAAAACGAUGAUAAGACUGAUCUUCAACUGAUCUGGGAUCCAGCAUGAAUAUGUUAAAAUGGAAAACUAAUUCCUUUUCUCAUGCCAAAGAGGCAGCAGACUUGGUUACUUGUAUAUAAUAGUGCUCUCUGCCCCACCACCUAUUUGGGGCAUACCACCUAUUUGGGGCAUGCGCAGGUAAUUCAUUUUGACAGUUCAAUAUGUUUAGGAUUAGUAUUUGAUCUGAGAUGAUAAGAGAUGUCAGUGUAAUUUGCUAAUAAGACUUCAGGGGAGGUGAGAUCAUUUUCAUGCAAUAACCUCCUCACUGUAAGUAUGCUUAUCCAUUCUCCUUAACAUAAGUGAGUUUCUUUGAUAAGAAUUUUUACAGUUAUAUACCUUAAUUGAAUUAUUUUGACAAUUAGUAAUAGUAUAUGUGACUGUCAGAGAAAACAAUUAAGCCAUAAAAAUUACUCCAAGAUUACCUUUUCUCUAAGAGAUGACUAUCCUAUGGCCCUUGUGUUGAUCACAAUAAUCCUAAUGGUUGCUUGCUUAACUACAUAAUAAAAGCAGUCAUAGAUCAUAUUAUGAUUUUUAAUCAUUAUCUGAAUGGAAGAUGGCCUUCAUUUGAAAGACACUUAGCAGGAGGAUGAUUUGCAGAAGUUUUAAUGUCUAUAUUUUUAGUUACAAGGUGGUCGACUGAAUCUGUGCUUUCUGCUUUCAAAAUCAUGGGAAGGAAGGGGAAUGAUUUGGUGCUGAUGCGAAUGGAACUAAGGUGAAUAUACGAGAUUUUGAACAGCCUUUGAUGAAUUCCAAUAUGUGUGCCACUUGAGCUUUGUAAUACUAUCAUGGUAAGACAUGAGCUUGGAAACAUCUUGUUAUAUAAUAGUGACAGUUUCAGCUGGACCAAAGUUCACGGUUUGGGUUUUCCAUAUAACUAUUGCUCAUCGUGUGCUUUAUUUUCAGUAACUUUUCUUUUGUUAGUAGUAGUAUUUUUUUUUUUAUUGUGGAAAUAGUGUCUCUACUGUGUAAAAUUGAAAAGGCAAAGGUUAAAUGUAAAUCAUAUAUUUGCAUCCUUGAAUCUGUUGGAUUUUUGGCCCUUCUGUUACCCUUAAUUAUUAGAGUAAUAUGAAUAGGUUUGAAGGUGAGACAAUGAAAGCGGGUCGGGUCUCACCACCAGUAGCUUUGUGGAACGGAUGUAAAUGGUAAGAGCACCAUUUUACAGCUUGCGGGUCCAAUUUGUGCUCUUUCCUCUCACACAUGGUGAGGAAGAUGAGUUUCCUUGGGGCAGUAGUUUGUACCUAAACCUCGUGUAAAGGACAACUCAGUCUAUCUGUAUCUCAUAGUUGGGGUUAAAUGUAUAAUUAUAUUCCAUUCAGGCUUUCUUUAGACAUGACGAGAAUAUGAACUGUUCAGGUCACGUCCUAACAUACAAGUAACCUAGUGAUAAAUAGUGGGUUCCAUUUUUCAUUUCUUUUAUGAUUCAUAUUGUGGUUUUAUGAACAAAGUUAUACCCAACGUCAGUGAAUAUUUGGGGCGAUCACCACUUUAGAAAAGCUGCCUGCUUUAGAUAUACAUAUAUAUAGCUUCACAGCAAAACGCGUCUUGACCAGUGCCUCUUUGAUUAGUUGGUGACAGUAUUUGUUGUUUUCCUUGUUUAUUUUCCUUUUCUUUUCUUCUUUUU